AGUCAACACUGGUGUGAAUCUGAUUUCCAUCAAUCCCGAUUCCCCUAAUUUAAGAAGAGGUUAUUUAAAUUCUUGAGAAGUACGUAGUCUCAUUUUUAAAUACAGUUUGACUGCACUCAACUUCAAAUUCACAUAAAGCUUUCGAUCUUUUCCCCACCGGAAGAUUCCAAAUGCUGAUUCACACCACUGGCUCUGCUGUGUGUUUAAGUUGUAAACGAAUCCUAGGAAAUUCCUUUGGUGUUAUAUUGUUCGACGACUAUCUGCAGCUGAUCUCGUAUCGAGCAUUGGAUUUGCCUGAUCCUCUUUAUGGAAUCUCCAUGCGAAGAAAGAGGCAUUGCAAGUCACCAUUUGAAUGGCUCUAUGGAUCAGGUGUCGAGUCCAAUUAGUAGAGCAAUAGCCAGCAGAUCUACUUUAGGGGUGAAGAUAAACAAUGAUGAGAUUGACGUGGAGAAUGGGAGGUUCGAAAAGGACAGAGAACGAGGAUUUCAAAGUAGAAGAAGGCCGGCAUUACACAACCAAGCGUUGCUAUCUGGCAUCUCCUACUGCCUUUCCUCGUGCGGAAUGAUACUGGUUAACAAGUAUGUCCUCUCCAGUUAUGACUUUAAUGCCGGAAUAUCUUUGAUGCUCUACCAGAAUUUUGUAGCAGUAGUUGUUGUCUCAGGUUUAAGUAUCUUUGGCAUAAUCAAAACGGAACCGCUCACGUGGAGAUUGAUCAAGGUCUGGUUGCCCGUCAAUGUUAUAUUUGUUGGGAUGCUUGUUACGAGUAUGUUUAGUCUAAAAUACAUAAAUGUGGCUAUGGUUACGGUUCUGAAGAAUGUGACGAACGUGAUGACUGCUGUUGGAGAAAUGUAUCUAUUUAACAAGCACCACGAUAACAGAGUAUGGGCAGCCCUUUUCUUAAUGAUAAUCUCAGCAAUAUCGGGAGGAUUCACUGAUCUGUCGUUUGAUGCGACUGGAUACACGUGGCAGUUGAUCAAUUGUUUGUUGACAGCUUCUUACUCCUUGACAUUGCGUAAGGUGAUGGAUACAGCGAAGCAAGUGACUAAAUCGGGAGAGCUGAAUGAAUUCUCGAUGGUGAUGCUAAACAAUAGCCUGUCAUUGCCUCUAGGAGUUAUGCUUGUUUGUGGCUUCAAGGAGGUGGAUUAUCUUGUAGAAACGCCAUUGUUGAGAUCGGGUUGGUUCUGGGUUGUGAUGACGUUUAGCGGAUUGUUGGGUCUAGCCAUCAGCUUCACCUCGAUGUGGUUUCUCCAUCAAACGGGAGCUACGACAUACAGCUUGGUGGGGUCCCUAAACAAGAUACCGCUCUCCGUUGCCGGAAUUCUCCUAUUCAAAGUGCCUACCAGCUUGGAAAAUUCUGCUAGCAUUCUCUUUGGUUUGUUGGCAGGAGUGCUUUUUGCAAGAGCCAAAAUGCGUUGAAUAUCUCAACCACUUUUAUUCUACUUUUAUUUUGUUUAAUAUGUGGCCACCACCCUUACCUUUUCUCCCAUAAUCAAAUACAUUUCAUAAUGAACCCUUAAAGGUGAUUUGUGUAAUGGAACGACAGGAAUAUAGUAGUCAUUACUCCUAUGUACUUCCUUCAUUAGUGAAAUGUUGUCUACUUUUGUCAUUUUAUUCUGUUAGUGGAAUAUUGUUUAUUUUGCUUUUUUA